GUUUUACGUCGUCUCAACCCAUAUAACGACUACAUUGAGAAAGUGUUUUAGUGUGAGCAAUUUACAACUUGAUAAUUACAUUGCUUAAUAUCGAAAUGGAAAGUACGAAGGAAGGAAGAGUUCUUCCUGCUGAAAGAAAUCCUUUAUAUGACGACGAUACGAUAGAUUAUUCUACUUUGAUCAGCAAAUGCCGCUCGCAGGUGAUUGAAUUCCCGGAUGGACCGGCUACUUUUGUUCGUCUCAAGUGCAACAAUCCUAAUUCCAAGCAACCACAUUUUCUGAUGCGUAUGGCCAAGAAUUCUAAUAUAAGCGCAACCUCUAUGUUCCGUUCUGCUUUCCCGAAAGCUAAGCAAGAGGAAGAAGAUUCUGAGAUGGAAUGGAUCCGUGAAAACCUAAACCCUGUCGAGGAAAAGCAGGUUUCUGGUUUAUGGGUCUCUCCCAAAGACUCAUUAACUUUAGCCAAGGAUUAUGGUAUGACUCCUUUUAUUAAAGCACUAUUGGAGGCUUCCACAACUCCUUCUACUUACGCUACUCCUGCUCGCUCUCAUCCAACCGAAGCUCGUCAACCAGCAGGUGCUAGCCCUUCAACUCUAGACAAGUCCUUCAAGACGAAAUCCUCGCAAAAUUCAUUAAAAUCUUCUGAAUCUCCCAUAAAGUCAGUCUUUCCUAAAAUUGGAAAAUCCGAAAAAGAUAGUCAGGAGGUUCUGACCAAGAAAAACGAUAUCAACAAACCCACUUCUUCUCCCACAGCUAGUUCUCCUGCUUCUUCUUCUGCUUCGACUGGUGCUGUUCCCAAUGACGAAGAACAGAAAGCGGAAUCGGAAGAGCAAGGAAAAAUUGAUAAGAAACAAGAAGAAACCGACAUUUCAGAGAAGCCUUCGCAUGAAGAGCCGAAGAUGCAAAAAAAAUCAAAGGAUGAGAAUUCAGAUUUGAAGGAUAAAGAAGAGGUAAAAGAAGAAGACGAAGAAAAGAAACCUUUUUCGGAUAUUUCUAGGAAAGUUCGGACUCCAGUGAGACCUUCAGAUCUCUUGGGAAAAAUUCGAUCCGAUGUAAACCGUCGUGUUUCAGAUGUAACACAACAGGUGAAAAAGCCUUUAGAAGCUUUCGAAAAGAAAGCCAUGACUUCCAUCCACCUCCCUCAUCCAUCUAUUCCUGGUUCAAAAAAGAGAAGUCGCGAUGAGUAUGAAGAAACCCAACCAAAAGAGAGCAAUGAGGCUGCUAUGGUACCUGUUAAGAAAUCCAGGAUUUCGAAGCUGGAAACAGAGAUUCACUAUGAAAAGAGAAAAGUCCGUGCUUUAACGGGUAUUGUUGUUGGUUUAGGUGCUGGAGCGAUACUUCCAUUUCUUUUCUAAUAUUAAUGAUAUAUAGAAAGGUUUGGAUGAAAGAACUUGUAAAUUCAGUCAGUUGAUGCGGUCCUAUGUAUUAGGUUUUAUUAUACCAAGAAGCAAGCGUAUGCGCGUCUGUUAGAUGAAGGAAUUGUUAUCGUAUUUAAUGCAGAAUGGGGAUUUCCCUUAAUGAUUACUCAAUCUUUACUGUAAGUUUUAGUUAUUCGGGAAUAAAAAAGCUGUGCUUUUUUUAACAAACUCAAUUGAUUAAUUUAUUCAAAACAGUUUAAAACUCUGUACUGUAUUAAUUUGAAAAUUUG